CUCUAAUUCGGGUGAUUGCGAUGGCGUAUUUGUGCGUAUGGGCGUUGUUAUGUGUAAAUUAAGUUGCUAAUGAAAUAAGCGUGUGGAAAUGUUUCUUUAUUAUAGAAUGUUUGCGACGCUCUACUGCAGCAGUGUCGUUACAUGAAAGUGUGGGAUGAAUUGUGCAGUGAUACUGAAGAUGAUGCCAUAAUGCAACGAAUAGUAGUUUUAAGAGUGAGACAGGGCAUAUUUGAAGAAAAUAUUUUUAUGUUAAACAAAGGAAAAACUUUAUUAUAAUCCAAGGUUGGAAUAAUCCUAUGCACUUCUCUGAUAAAAUUCAUUUUCAUGAUGGACUCCCACUACAGUCUUACCUUGGAAGGCCAAGUAUUCACCUUGAUUACUAACAUGAUGAUGCUUGUUAAUUAUGUAGAACUUUGUUAUAUGUAAAGCUAUCUAAAGUGCAGAAUUUAGAGGAAUUGACAAUAUCAUGGAAGAUGCAAUCAUAUAUGCAAUUAAGUAAACCACCAAGCAUGCAAUCCUAUAUGCAUUCCAGCAGAAGAAACAAAAUUGAUUGUGACAGUGGUGAAGAUGAAAUACAUUCUGAAAUGCAAGUUAUCAAAUCGGAAGGAAAUCAUCGGGCCUACAAGGCAAAGCCAAAGGAGGAUGGAAUUUCCCAAGCUUCACCAGAGGACAGAAGAAAGAUACUUGGUAAAGGUGUUCGAGAAAUCAUCUGCCUGAGAGCUCCAACCCCAACUGACAUUGAUCUACCUUCGUCCAGAGAAGUGGAGUCUGACAAAGUUCUACUUCAAGAUUUUUCUUGCAAUAAAAUAAUAUCCUUUCUUCCCACCUAUGAAAUUUUGCCUGAUUUCUCACAAAGAAAGUAUUUAGAAAGUUCUUCAGAUCUUGGUGUGCAAAAUAAUGUCGUACAGAAGGAUAGUAUGCAAAGUCAGCAGCUACUGGAUAUGCAAGAAGGUUUACAGAAAGCUAUGACCAAUAGUAACAUCAUCAGAAAAAGAAAAAAGGCUCCUAUAUCAUAUAGGAAGGAUAAAAAGAAUAAUGAAUCCAUAAUAAGUAGGACAAGAAAGAUUUCUCAAAAUAACAAUGAUGAAGAAGAUGGAAAAGGUCAUCACCAUUUAAGGAGACCCCAGCAUAAAGUUCUUGGUUUUAUGGAGGAUCAUGCUGAAUUUACCUCAGACUGGGAAGAGGCUUCGAAAUACCAAGGCCGUUACGUAUCUUCAGUUCUCGAGUCAACUGUCGAUGGAAGCAUCAUCAAAGGAGCCAGGCGGGUGACUGGAUCACGGCGGAUGACUCCAGCAGAGUUUACAUCUUGCAUUGAAUCGGCUAUAGAAACUGGAGACGUAGAUGAAGAUCCUUUGAAAGCUCUAGAUGAAUGGGGCCUCAAGACUGAACUUCAUAAGUAUAAGUGUUCAUUAUGUGAAAUGGUCAGUGAUCAUCGAAUCGAUGUAGAGCAGCAUAUUGAUGAAUUGAAAGGAGCCUGUCACUCGGAUGCAGUUGUAGAAGUUUUGUUGGGCAGUAAGGCUCAAGGAAGAAACUGUACGCUAUGCAAUGUCAGACUCGGCAGGACUGAAUAUUUCACUCAUAUUCGAGAGGAGCACAAGGAGGUCUUCCCUUUGCACUGUGGUUACUGUGCAUUUCAAGGUCAGGACUAUAAUCAGUUACGCCAUCACAUACAGAAGAAGCACAAGACAUCUGAUUUUGAUAUCAUUGAUAUGACCCUGUCACAAGAAGCUAGUGAUUACUUAGAACAAAAGGACUCUGUUAACAAAUGUGAAAUGGUUAAUGAGGAGGAGGCUGAGGAAGAAGGGACUGCUGAGCUGCCAUUUACUUGUCCACUCUGUGAAAAGAGUCUGAAGACUCUUCGUAACUUGAAGAAACACGUGAUGCAGCACAGCCGGCAGAAAAAGCAGUGCAUUUUGUGUCCCUUCACAACGAACUUCCCAACACAGAUUCGAAGUCAUUACCUCCGAAUGCACCCAAAUGAAACUCCAAAGUGGAAAAAGGUUGUGGUAGCAGAGGGAGGUAGUGAUGCACUGGUAGAGGAUGCAAGUCCCUUCUUGAAAAUGGUGUCUGUAAAAUAUGGAGUCCGCAAGCCAAAGGAAAAGAAUUGGGUGCGUCAGUAUAGAUGCCCUCACUGUAGCUAUACUUGCAAUUUUAAUUCAUCUUAUAAUCGACACUUGAGAGUCCACAACGGAGUUAAACCCUUCAAGUGUGGCUACUGCAGUUUUCAUGGGCGAGAAGCUUAUGUCGUGAAGAGACAUUGCAUCAAAGCUCAUAAGGGGAAAGACAUUCUGGUAGAGAACGGUCAGGAUUUCAAGGCACCGUACCGUUAUGCCAAAAGGAUAAAAAAAGAAGCUGUGGAAUGGGAUGAGUCUUGCCAGGUUGUUGAGAAGGGAGCAAACAAUCUUGCCUCUCAAUCGUCAAAUGAUUUAAGCUUGAAUAUCAAGGUUGAAGUGCAGAGUGAAGAACUAAGUAAAAGUAAUACGUUGAAAGAGUCCUCAGAUUCUCAAAUCCAAUUUAAAGACGGAGACAAAAAAUACUCGGAGAAUAAAGCUGCUGAAAAUAGUGAUGGAAGUGACCUGUACCAAACCAAAGAUUCUACAGUCUACCAGUGCUUAGUCCUUUCCUCUGGGAAGAAUAAGGAUGACUGCACUGAAAAGCCAGUAAUAAAUCAAAAUGAUUCUGCGAGUUGUUUCUCAGUGUAUUCCAGGGAUGAUUGCAAGAAAAAUAUAGAAAAACCUUUAGAUGAUGAAUGUCAAAUACCUUUAGAGAAUUCAAAGAAAGAUACUAUAAACAUUUCACCAUUAUUGGGGCCAGUUGUAAAAGGUAGUUCAUUUAUACACACUCAAGAAUGUGCAACAAGUAAAGUUGAAAAAUGUUUCCCAGAGUUAGAGAAUGUGAGAAACCUCCCUGAGGGAUAUUCGUCUGCACAGCAUCAGAUGAUUCAUACCAUCAAAGUUAAAACUUUUAGGGGUAAUACUGAAAGUUCCAUAGCGCCUUUAAAAGAGAAGGAAGAUAUUUUUGAAGAAGGAAAUCCCUCACAUAUGCAAAUACAUUGUGAUAACGACAGAACUUUGUCAACAAUUGAUUUUAGUUCUUCUUAUGUUAUAGAUCCUUCUGCAGAUAGUUUUCCCAAUUCUGUGUUUGAAGCAGUUGUUAUUAAUCUCUAUGCAAAUGAGAGUUACACACCGAGAGAACUCAUAACUCAUAACUCUACAGAGCGACUGGAAGACGGCUGUGUUUUUAACGAAAAGAUUUGUACAAUCAGUGACCAUGAAGACAGUCCACUUAAUUUAAUAGUUUCUGACUUUGAAGUGCAGUUAAGUGAUAGGAGGAAGACCUUUUGCAACCCUGAGGAAUCUUCAAAACCAAACCCUGUCCAGUUAGUGAAAUCCAGUGAGAAGUGUGUUAAAGUGAGUGGUGAGAGCCUUGAUGGAAUUUCAUUCACUAUAGAGAAAUCUUCAGACUUGCCACCGGAGGGGCUUGAAAAUACACUUCACAAUCACAUCACUUUUCUUUCGGAUUCUCUCAAUCAGCGUGUUAGCAAUCGUAUUUCUGCUCCUCCUGGAGUCAUGACGCGGGACUUAUUAUGUCUAGAUUACAGUAACAGUGAUUAUUUUUCUUCUGAAAAGGUUCGGACAAUGAUGAUAAAGAAAAAAGGUGGACUUGUUAUGUGUGCGGAGUGUGGGGUCACAACGAAGUACCGUGCAUUUUACAAGCACGCCAAAAAGCACUUCAAUAUCAAACCAUUCAGGUGUGGUUAUUGUUUAUAUAGAUCAAUUGAAAAAAGUAAGAUUCGUGUACACAAUGCAUUUUGCCAUCCGAGCAAACCUUGCGUCAUCUUGAAGCUGUCACCAGAUUCUGCAAAAGUAAGUGAUGCGACACAUCACUCUCUUUCGAGCAACACCAGUGACGUUUCUGCAUCUAAACAUAUACUUGAAGGUGAAAACUCUUUAUCAGAGAAUGGUGAAAUUUAUCCAAGUUUGCUGAAAAGUACAAAGACAUCAGAACAUGACAACCGAAAUAAAGAUAUUAAAAGAGAAAGCAAAAAAAAUUCCACUUCAUCAGGAAGAUCAUCCCACAAAAUUAAAUUGUUUCAGUGUCCAAUAUGUUGUAAGGUUAUGAAAAAUCACACUCCUUCCAUAAGAAGACAUCUCUGUAGCCAUUAUAGCUACAAACCAUACAAGUGUGGCUAUUGUGCAUUUACAGCUAUAGGACAAACUGAGAUACGAGCUCAUCAUGUUACGCACGGUUCUCUCAACCCACCAAAAAUAGAAUCAUCGGAUGCUCCAAUGCCCUUGGCUUUAACUCAGUACCUCAAGGAUUUACUGGGCCAGCAUCGUGGAAACAAGAGAGUCAACAAAAAGAAAGAGAUGAGUGGUAUUCCCCACCUUGAUAUUGAUAAAAAUCCCACCGACAUAAUGUGGCAUGAACCGGAGGCAUUAAGGGAAGACCUCGCAACCAUAAAUUUGAAUAUUGAUCCCUCUCAAGCAGAUCUUGUUACCGAUAACCACCAUGACCUUGAAUCCUUAGGGGUUGAAACUUGUUCUCUCCAGACACUGGAGUCAGUGGAAUUCAGUGCAGCCGACCCACCUUAUACAGUCCAAGUACUUGAAAGUGAUAGGCAGAGCUCAAAUGAUUUCUCCAGUGAUUUACCUUCCCAUUUAGACCUUAAUGUUGGAGCUGAAUCAGGUGCUAAUGGUAGAGUAGAUCCUGUUUGUGAAGUAUACCUAAUACCUACUUAGGUAAUUUGCAUGUUGUACAUGUUUUCUAUUUGUACAAAGUACAAAUCUUUGCCUUAUGUAGUUUAUUAUUUCAGUACUUGAGAGGCAGGCCAGCCUGGAAUUUAUGUAGGAAGACAAGAAACAUUUCCAAGAGGAUAGUAAUGCCUUUCAAGCAAAGGCAAAGCACUCAUUUCCUUACCUACUACUGUUACAUAUCAUGCUCAUAAUAUUUUUUGCAAUGCCAUAUAUAAUACAGUAGCUCACUGACAUAACAUAUUAAAGUGUCCAAGUCUACACUGUUAUGAAAGAAACUCUGUUAUAUCAUAUAUAUACAUACAUACCAAGAAGUAGUCAUUUGCAAAAUUUAAACAGUGCAACUAUAUAUUUAUUAUAAUGAUAAUUUAAAUAAAGGUUAUCUUUUCUAUAUCUAAUAUUGCAAGAAGUGUUAUUAUAUUGUUACUGUAUUACAGAAUAUAAACGGUCGUCGUAUGUUAUGUUACCUGUAAAGUAACAUAAAAGCCUAAUUAUUAACAUAAACUGCAGGACAGUAAAAGGUUUAGCAUAAUUUUUAGAGUUGAAAGCAAUGUAAAUUAAUAAACAGUUUGGCGCUCGAUCCAGAGGCGAAAACCCUCAAAAUAAUAUUUCCAUUUCACACUGAUAUAUCUGGAAGUACGAUAUACAUACGUACUGCAAUCCAUUAUAUCGGUGAGCUACUGUAAUUUUAUUCUGUCAUUAUUAUUUAUGAAUUUCCCUUUUCAUUUUCUAUCUUCAAAGUUUUGUAGCUAAUGUUAUGAAUAGCCACUUUAUUUAUGCAAGUAUUUAUAGCAUUAUAGUACUAUACUUUCUUAUUAAGUACUUCGUCUUUCUUGAUGAUAUUCAUGAUGGGAGCCGCCUUCCGUAAAUGUGAUUGCCUCACAUUUUCUGUACACGUAAUCUGUUGUAAGUUUGUGUUUAUGUAUCUGAGUGUUACCAUGUUUCAGCAGUGGAAGUGUUGUAGGUAGUUGAACAUUUCUGUCAUAAAUAUUGAAAUCAAGAUGUGCCAAAUUAUGAAUGCAAUGUAAAAAAAAGUGUUCAGGAGCAGCAGCAAGGGUGAGGUGUGUGCAUGGGAUUACCUAUACUCGUCUUGUAGCGCCUUUAUCAUUUAUCUCUUAUUCUACCUGCCCAUGAUAUUAAGUGAACACAUCUGAUCCAUAUUAUAUUGUACAAUGCUCUACUAAUGUCAUUUUAGUUUUGAAUUUCUUAUGAUCUUGUUUGUCAUGAAGUAAAUUCCAAUAUAUAUUGGUUAGGGGUAAAGUUUUGUAUUUUCUGUGCUGUAGUAGUCAUACCAUAGUACGUGAAAUGCCUUUGCAUGGCCUAGAAAUGUUAGAUAUCAAGUUUUUGCAAGGUAAGGUACUCUCAACCUGUGAGGGAUACUACUUUCUGUUUAUUGUGUGUAGCACACUGUAGACGGUGCUGCAGGUUCUUUCGAGUGUUCCUGCUGCCCUGAGUGCAUAGCUUUUUGCCUUUAAUUUUUCAUCUGUCCUUUGUGGACUCUUCACCCCAGCUGUGCAAUGUCUUUCAACCUUCCUGUGCUACAAUUUUCACCUUGUCUAAAUUUCACCCCAGCUGUUCACCCUCUUUUAAUGUUCUUUUGCUCCAGUUAUCACUUCAUAUAAAAAGGAAUUCUUUGGGCAAGCCCUAUGAGACUAGAAAUGUUACUCAGUUACCUCAUUUAAGUUAUGUAUGACAAUAUUAGUAAUGUGAAUAUUAAUGCAGUAGCGCCUCAGCAUAGAAGGUAUUAGUUAUCAGUGACAUUACUAUCAUGAAUUUUUGAUAGGCUACUUUUUUUUUAAAUUCUACAUUUUAUGUUUUUGGGUUAAAAAUUCUGGCAUUGCUAUUAGUCUUGAAGUUUUAAGAUUUUGCAACGCAUCAGGUUUUUUGUUUAUCAAAUUGCCAGACCACUGAAGCUAAAGGUCAGAGCAAAAAUGAGUGCGGUGAAAUCUCACAUUUCCAAGGGUAGGGAGAGGUUGCUUCGUCUUGUAAUUUUUAAAAUUCUCUUUUGGUCUUUUCUCACUUAGUUGCCUAACUUUCAAAUCCACCUUGUGCCAUUGAGUCUUAUUAAUUGGAUUGCAAGAGUAGCUCCAAUUAUAAAAACAGUAUUCCAAACAGGGAUAAUUCUAACAUUAAAGCUUUGAUAACAGAGAUAUAGAAAAGAUUUUACAGCACUUAAAAUUUACACCCAUUUUUUUAAGGGUAGAUUUAGCAGUUUGACCUGUGUGGUUUUCUAGACCAGAUGAGAAACUUGGGUAAUGAGAAAAUGAGUGAUGGGUUUAAUUUAAUUUUCCUUGAAAAAUUACUUGUGAAUUUGAUGGUAGAAGAAACUUGUCAGUCUCACCAUCUUUGGCAUGAUUCAAAAAAAUAUUUAAAUGUAAAUUUUGUUCAGUAGAUACAGAUGGUUGCUUCAUUUCCAAGGUCUUCCAUCCCUACCUGACAGUCUGUGAGUAGAGUAAACUUGACAGGAAAGCAUAAAACUAGCUAUAAGAUAGUGCAAUGGUCAUAUCCCACUGGUCAGGAUAAGUCUUCAUAGGAGAGCAGUUGCUGCAGUCUUACUUAUACUGUAAGUUAGCCUGUCCUUUUGAGUACUGAAAUAAUAAACUAAUAUUAAGCCAGUGGUUUGUAUCUACAAAAUAUAUUUUAAAAUAUUUGUAUGAAUUACCAUGUUUGCAGAACCAUCUAUGAAAUCAGUUGACUAAAGAGAAUGUACUUCGAAUACCAAUUUUAAUGGAGCCCA